AUGGCCGCCGUUGCUACCCGUGCCCUCGCCUCCGCGCCGGUUGCCCUCGAGGCUACCCGCCAACGCCUUGUCGCCGGCAAGGCUCUGCGCUCCGCUGUCCCUGCCGUCACUGCUGUGCGCGGCCAGAGGCUCGUUGCUCGUGCAAGCCUUGAGAAGCCCACUCGCCAGACCUACUUCGCCUCCCCCCAGUCCCUGAGCUACCUCGAUGGGACCCUCCCCGGCGACUUCGGCUUCGACCCCCUUGGCCUGUCCGACCCUGAGGGUGCAGGCAACUUCAUCGACCCCAAGUGGCUCACCUAUGGCGAGCUGAUCAACGGCCGCUGGGCUAUGCUCGGUGUUGCCGGCAUGAUCGCUCCCGAGAUCCUCGGCAGCUACGGCAUUGGCCCCAAGAUUGUGUGGUUCCAGUCCGGUGUGAUCCCUCCUCUUGGCGGCUACGAGUACUGGGCCGAUCCCUAUGCUCUGUUCGUCCUCGAGAUCGUCCUCAUCGGCUUCGCCGAGCACAGAAGAGCUCAGGACUACUACAAGCCCGGCUAUGGCUCCAAGCAGUACCUGCUGGGUCUUGAGAAGGUGCUCGGCGGCUCCGGCGACCCCAUCUACCCCGGCGGCCCGGUCUUCAACUUCGCUGGCCUGGGCAAGACCGAGGCUGAGAUGCACACCUACAAGACCAAGGAGGUCAGGAACUCCCGCCUUGCCAUGCUCGCUGCCCUCGGCUUCUUCUUCCAGGCGUGGAUCACCGGCGUGGGCCCGUACCAGAACCUGCUCGACCACUUGGCCGACCCCGUGAACAACAACAUCCUCACCAACCUCAAGCUGCACUAA